AUGCAUUUGAUGUACACCCUCGACGAGGCGGGCAACCGCGUCUACACCCUCAAGAAGGUGGUUGACGGCAAGGUCACCAAGUCCGCCCACCCUGCGCGUUUCUCCCCCGACGACAAGUGGUCGCGCCAGCGUGUGACGCUGAAGCGCCGCUUCAACCUGCUCCUCACCCAGCAGAAGCCCGAGUAA